UACGGCUGCUGCUCAUUUGUUGACAUUUUUUCCUCCAUCAGCUGACUGCCCACAAGUUAGCUGGCCAGUUUAGGAACAUCUUAGCAUAAACAAAGCCUCAGAAUGACAUUAUCCUGCCCACACUGGCAGUCAGCUCUCACAAACCACAAACAAUUCACACAUUUUAAGUCAACCAGCAGCUGAAGAUGGGGGUUAUUAUGUUCUAGCGCGAGGGAGCGAGCGUUAGCUUCAGUUAGCAGUUAGCUAGCAGUUAGCUAGCCUGAGAGCCAGAGCUACAGCGAAAGCUAACAGGCUAAAUUAGCCGAUGUAAAGCUCAACUAUGGAGGGGAUUCUGUACAAAUGGACAAAUUACAUGACGGGCUGGCAGCCACGCUGGUUCGUGUUGGAGAAUGGAGUCAUCUCUUACUACGACAGCGAGGACGACGUUGGUAAAGGAAGCAAAGGAUCCAUCAAGAUGUCCGUGUGUGACAUUAAAGUUCAUCUGACAGAUGCGACGCGUCUGGACUUGAUAAUCCCCGGCGAGCAGCAUUUCUACGUGCGAGCUGUGAACGCUGCAGAGAGACAGCGGUGGCUGGUGGCUUUAGGCUCCUCCAAAGCUGGAACACUGGACAGCCACAAACAGAAAGGUCCAGACUGUCUGAAGACGAAGAUGUCUGAACUUCGUCUGUACUGCGACCUCCUCGUCCAGCAGGUCCAAACGAUCCAAUCACAGCACAGUGCAGACACAGAGGAAACGCCCACUUCUGAGGCCUCUCUCCUCAGUGCAACUUGUGCAACUUUCAUCAGGACCUUGGAGGAGUGUAUGACCCUGGCCAACCAGAGUUUGACCCCUGACCGCCGACCUCCUGAAAGGAUGAAGAGGUCGAUCAGUCACCCUGGAACAUACAGCUUCGACAGGUCAGGUGCACUGAAGGAGUACUUGAGUGGAGGUCAACGGGGAACUCAGCGCAGGAACCGGACGUGUUCCGACAGCUCAGUGUAUGAUACUGAACGUGUGAUGCCCAGUGUCAACGGUGACUCGUUCUCCAUUCCUGAAGAGAGAGGAGGCAGCGUGAGUCCAAAGACGACCCCCACUGACACAGACACUGACCUGUCCAUCUGAACCUCAGAGGUCAAGCUCUCAGUGACUGCGCCCACUGGAGACGUCGACGCCGUCUUCAUGAUCCACAGACGUUUCUCUCGGAUUGUCCUUCUUGUAUCUUUUCUCUAAAAGACCACUGAUUGCCAAACACGUGCACUUUGGAAUCUGUUCCCUGAAGGCUGCACAGAACACACUGGAGAGACAGGAAACACAGCUGGACUUGAACCUGAGACGGCGUGAGUAUAAAGUACAAGACACUUUAACGUGCGGAGGAAGCCACGUUCACGCCGCACACACGGCGGGAGAUGAUGGAGGUCUGGAAGGAUUGUGACGUUAAGUGGCAACAACAUGAAGACUGAUUGUAUUCGGCAGCUCCCUGACGCAGUACCAAUAACUGGAUUCUUUUUGUCGUGUGCUGGAAAUGUAAAACUUUGGAGGUCGUGUUUGUUUUUGUGGCGUUUUGAUGUCACGUUGAAAUCUUCUCGUACAGUAUUUUCUGCCUUUUUCCACAUACACAACAUGCCUAACCGUUUCGUUUAACAAGCACAUUCUACAUUCUGCUUUCAGUGCGCUCACCUGCUGAAAGGACUUCUCCUGUCUUUGAGUUCGUCAGUAGCGAGUGUAGCGGAGGAUGAACCUACACUGAUGGACGGCGUCUCUGCAGGUUCCUAAAGCCUCUGUCACGGUACACCUGGAGAGCUGAGCAGCUUUAGAUGCCAAAGUUUGCACAAAUGUAACGAUGUACAUUAAACGUGCCAUCAUUUGUUCUUCAUGGUUCAGCCCGUGAGGAUCUGCAGUCGGAUCAUGUGAAUGGAGUCUCUAAAUUACACAUAGGUGUGAAUGUUACUGCCUUUCAAUGUUUGUAUUUGAGUUUGUUGUUUUUGGUGAUGAAUUCCAGCCGAACGGGACCCUGAAGAGACGGACGGUCAGCGGCUCUGAGAGCUCAACGCACGGCAACAGAGUGAAACGCAAACAUUCACAAAUCUGCUUCACAUUUGAUGCCGUCUGUAACUAUUCGCUGUCUUUAGUUGCCGUGUGUUGAGCCCUCAGUGCUGCUGUCAUUAAUACACCACUGAGUGAACUUGGAUGAGGAUUAACGUGUGACAGUUCAGAUGAUGCCUUUUGCACACACAGAUUUCUCUGUAGCUGCACUGCCAAAGCAAACAACAUUUACAAACUGCCUCGACUGUUUCAGUGAAGCACAUUCUCUAAAGAGGAAUAAUCAGCAUUAAACUCUAAAAUAAAAACAUGUCAGAAAAAUCACUGAUCCAAAUCCAAGCAGUGAAACUGUCACACGGCGUGUCGGCAAACAAAGAUACAAUUUGUGGAUUAAAUUUCCCCUCUUGAUAAAUCACAUCCUAAAGAAAGAUCCACGGUCAGUGUGAGACCUGCAGCUCCAGCACAGAGCGACGCGCUGCUGUGGACUCAACAGUUAUAUCCUUAAUGCUCUUUAAAGCCACCAGACUCCAUUGACAAAAACAGUCAUUUUACCCCACAGAACAUUGUGUUUGUUUUACUGCUGCCUCGAUCGGUUAGUUUGUUUCUGUGUUAUUGUGACUUUGGUGAAUCAGAAUUAUCCUUUUUUUUAAACACCAAAGUCACAAUAACACAAAGAAACUAACCGAUCGAUGCAGCGGUAAACCAGCAACUCCUGAGUUCUGCAGUGUAGAAUCACUGUUUUUGUCAAUGGACUCUGGUGGCUUUAAGAGCAAAGAUAACUAAAGUUCCCCGUCGGACAGGGCUGUCUGAUGGCAAGGUAAAGCGUGUCUAACAUAUGUUGGAUGCUGUACCCAGUCCACAGCAGAACAUUUCCUGUAGAUAAUACACCGACUGUGGAGAAGUCCAUCACACUACAAACAAUCCAAUAUCCCUUUGUCUGCAGCGCCGUCUUGUGACCUGCUCGGCUGUUUAAACACACGCAGAAGACGUCAUCUGAACACUCAAAGCAAACAAUAUUAACAAACAAUCGACUAAUACGCGACCACACUGAUCUAGUUUGUUUGCUGUAGCACAUUUGUAUUUACCUUUAACGACUCUUUAUUAGUGUCCUGGGGAAUUAUGUCCUGAAAGUCUAAAUGUUAAACCUCUUUUCACAUUUAGAUGAGAGAGCAUCAAACUAACGUGCACCAAACACGUUCACUAACUUUCCGUGUGGUUGUUUUUGCACUUUAGGCUUAAAAACAAUGUUUUCUAUGUCCGUGCUCUGAAAGUGACGAAGGUGCAGAACUGAACUGAUGUGUGUUUGUGUUUCUAGUGUCUUAUUUUUGAAAGGAUGUGUUGGGAGUUGCAUCAGCCUUAUACGUAUUUAAAACAUUACUUUCACCAGAAUGUUCAGUCUUUGUUAUGAACAAAGUUUUCUUUCUUUGAAUACUGUGAAGAAAUGUUUCUGCAGAUCGUCUUCAGUAAAACAAAAAGAGUUCAGACACUGUGCUUUUAAUUUCCCCACGCAUGUUGUGAUUUUAUAUUUAUUUAUAACGGCAUGGUAGAUCUAUAGUGUCGCUUUAAAUCAUCAUUUAUGUUCCUCUUGCCUUUCAGAUUGUUUGUAUGAUUUCAGUUUGUUAAAGACUAAACAAGAAUAUUACAUAUUUAAAGAAAAGGCUGAAAUAAACUCAUUUAAAGAUUGUUAAAGACGAUAUAUGAAUGUUUUCUAGCCAAUGAUUUUAUCUUCACCAACUGUUUAAAGGAAUAGUUCAUUCUUCUUCACUUUCUGUCCGACUACUCUUCCAGUAAUGAAUGUGCACACAGCUUCACCUGAAGACGCACGCUCGAGGUUACUGGAUGGAGUUUCGAGGAAUUUCUAAGGUGUCGUCGUGUCCGUACACACACUGUUUAAUUAUGUUAACAUGCUACAGUACACUGCACAGUCAGGUAGUUAUUAUAUCCUAAUAUUACUCGACGCUUUGGCAAUAUUGUCUUCGUUACACUCGUGCCAAUAAAAGCAUAUUCUUUUUAAUUAUUGCUAGUAAGGGUUAUAAUUGUCCACGGAUGUAAGAAUAAAUGUUGAUGAUUGAAUAUCCAAUAUAAAGCAUAUUAAAUGAUUAUAAACUAUAUAUUUUUUUAAAUAAGAAAAAGCUUUGCUGUAGUUAAACUAGCCCAACAUCUGUACAGAUUAAACAAACGAGAUAUAAAAGUGUUGGUGACUUUAGACGAGCCAGCAGAUUUAUUGUGUUGCACUGGACAGAGUGAGGCUAGCAGUUUCCCCCCACUUCCAGUGUUUGUGCUAAGCUAAGCUAACGACCUCCAGGCUGCAGCUUCCUCCUGCGGCAUCAACCUGCUCAUCUGAGAAAGUGUUAUUUACCAAAGUGUCAAAACUAUUCCUUUAAAACUUCUCUCAACACAAACGGCUUUUUGUUCUGUGUUUCCUUUUUAGGUUUGUUCUGUGUUUGGACAAACCAUGUUCAUGCCUCAAGUGUCUGCACAAAGUAACGUGUGUGGCUGUAUCAGACUUGUCUAAGUAAAUAAAAAUAUUUUAAACUGAA